CAUCGAAUCAUCAAUUCAUCAUCAAUCAUCCAAAAACCUCAACUUAUAUUCCCGCCAUUUCUACAUCUGUGUGUGUGUGUGUGAGAGAGAGAGGGAGAGAUCGCCAUGGAUGUCAAGCAAGCAGGCUUAUCACUGGACUCUUUAGUUUCAUCCUUCAACACUCGCAUUGCAGAGCUCCAAGAUCUCGUCGUUGCCCGUAACAUGUAUCCUGCGAGCAGCAUCACGGAUUUGACAGCAGUUGACACAACUCUGAAGGCCAUGGAACAUCAAUUACAGCAGAUCAAAGAUCGCUUGCGUGAAGAAACCCUAGCCAUUCCGAAAGCUAAAAAGCUGAUUAAAGCAUCUCUACAACAGCAGCAGAAGUUGCAGAGUAUGUCUGUGUAUGCUCCAUCAUAUAUGCCUGAAAGGGGGAAAGUUAUGCAUCAUGAUAAUACUACAUGUUCCACAGUAGAGGAACCUAUAAAACAAGAUUAUUCUUUUGGGAUUCAAGAGCCCAAAGAGGAGCCUGCACCAUUAAUCAAAGAGAAAAAGGGUCGUGGGUCCCCACCUUUGUGGUACAUUACUGCUAAUGAACUAGACUCUUUGUCAUCGUAUAUGAGAGGAAGGCUAACACUUGAUAAGAUCAAUGCAGCCAUUAAUGACAUGGCUGUUUAUGCUGAGGCAAACUCCCAACUUAUAACAGCCCCAAGAAAGAAGCUGACUGAAAGCACCAUAGAGAAAGCUCUGGAAGUUAGAGAGAUUGGAAUGGCGGAAGGAGUGAAGGGAAAGCACUUCUUUUUGGAAACUGAUGUUAAAGGACCUUCAUUGAAGCUUGAUAUUACUGGAAAAGCAAUAUUAACUGUCCUUCGUCACCUUGGUCGCAUAAGUGAGAGCAGAAUCGGCCAUCAUCGCGUCUUCAUUCUAUUAAGACCUCAAUGAGCACAGGUCCUUCAUCACUUUUUUUAAUUUUUUUUUUCUAUUUGGGAUACAAAAAAUAUUGAUUCUAAAUCAAUAUUAAAACAAUUGCUUGAUUAUUAUCCAAACAAAUACACACUUGACAGUUGACACUACACCAACAUUAAGGAACUAAAACUAAAAAAAAUGUCAUUCACACUUAAAC